AUGGCGAUGAAGUUGACGUCACUCAACGGGUUCGAUGCCGUAGCGGGUCAGAUCGACAUUGCUGGAAGUAUGUCAAUGUCGUGGAUGGACAUUAUUCAACCCCCAAUAAGGGGCAAAUCCGAGGUCAUUCUCGGAACAGUAUUGAUCGAUUACGAAAAUGCAUGGUCGCCAAGAGUGGUUUUGACCAACGCCGUCGAUACCGUUAAAGAUAUCGCUGACACGACGUACAAGCUUCGUUACACCUUCAGUGAAGUGGCUAGCGGCAAUUACACUGCUAAUGUCACGUGGGAGCCGCGUGUCCUUUUGCGAGCCUCGUGCGAGCCGGAUGUGACGUUUUAUCCGUUUGACCGCCAGGUAUGUGACGUCACAUACACGGCCUGGGCCUACACAAAAGACGAAGUGAAGCUGAUCGUACCCACGUCGGAGUGGGACACUUCCGCCGCGGAGGGAAACGGUGUCUGGAAAAUUAUCAGCACUGAGUCAGAGGCAUUUGUUUCCAAUGACGCCUACAAUGUGCGCUUCCGGAUCACCAUACAGCGGGAGCCUCUCUAUUUCACCUUCAACAUCGGGCUUCCGAUAUUGCUUCUCGGACUCCUGAACGGCUUCGUGUUUCUACUUCCGGCGGAGAGCGGCGAACGUAUAGGUUUCUGCAUAACUUGUUUCCUAUCGUUCAUCGUGCUGAUGCAGACGACAAUGAGCUUCCUACCGGAAUUAGCCAAUCCCAUGAGCCUCUUGUGCAUCUACGUGUUCCUGAUGAUGUGCUUCAGCGUCUUCAUCAACAUCACGUGCAUUUUCAUGUUGAGAAUAUAUCACAUGCCGGAGGGAACCAAGGUUCCAAACUGGAUGCAGAUGAUCGUGCGAGUAAUCGGCUGCAAAGUUUGCCGUUGCUGCGAUAAAGACAAAAGCAUGCCGCUACCGGAAGUGGAAUGGCCAGAAGUAGGGCGCAUGCUCGACUUUUUCUUUUUCCUGGCGUUUAUCGCCGCUCAAACGACGCUGACCAUCUUUUUCCUGCUUCCACUCGCCACAAGAUUUUAAAUAAGUUUUGAAAAAGGCAAGAGUGUCGGGGUGUCUGAAAACGGUUGGGGUUAGCAUCGAAUACAAUAAAACAAUUAUGGUGAAAAAGUGUAAUGAAAAGGUGCACACCAAAUGUCAACGUGAUGCUGAGAAAUGAUUCUAGCUUGAAUUGAGAAUGACUAUUGUAUCGUUGGCAUUCACCUUUUAUUUAUUUAUUGAUAAACUUCGCUUAUACACCACCACGUUGAGGGAUAAAAUCUGUUUUAUAGUUGUUUUGCAACAAUUGUGUCAUAUAUACAAUUGACAAUUACUAUUUUAUCCAUAGCAUUGGCUAUGUAUACAUUUGUGAUAGACUUUGUUUAAACCAAUCGGAGGCAUGACGUCAAUUACAACCGCUUAGUGGCACUUAAUACAUUUUAAUCUGAAACUUGUAUAAACAAAAAGUUUGGCACAUUUUGUCAGAUUCAAGACAAUUGUAUCACUUUAAGCGGCAUAGUGCGCACAUGCGCACACGCACUGUAUUCAUCUUAAAGGCUCUAUAAAGGUGACAAAUCCAUAAAUUAUUAUGCAUAUCAACUGGUCAAAUUUUUACCGGAUUUCAGUUACUCUUGCAUAAAAACUGCUGAUAACACAGCUUAGGUACAACGUUGCCAAGAAUUAUGGAAGAUAUACCCGUUUCAUAAUUGGAAGAAAUGUUUACGUUUUUGCAACUAACGUGAUGUGUAGCCUCAGAGCGGUGACACAUGCUAAAAACAGCCGAAAGAAAAUUCAAUUUUAAUUCUAUUUUAAACAACUUUUUGCCAGCAGAAAGUAACUUAUUAGUUCAGUACAAACGUUUAAACCAUUUAGAAGAGACCUACUUGGUGAGAAAUACCGGAAAACGUUAAAAAUCAUCGAUAUAUUUUUGGUGACCUGAGUCACGUUCACUUUCUCUUUCCCGAGUAAACAGCGAUGUAAAUAAACGGUUUGUUUGUAAACACAAUUGACUUGGAGGACACUUUAUUUUGAGCUCAAAACAAGUUGUAUUGCUCAUUUCUUUAUUGUAAUGUCCAAUAGCAUAUAUAUAUAUAU